AUAAUGAACGUCGGCUGCUUCAUGAUCUCCUGGACAACUACAACCCGCUGGAGAGACCUGUGGCGAACAGGCGAGCCAGUGGAUGUAUUGUUCGGGAUCACGCUCCAGCAGAUUAUAGACGUGGCACUCUCUCUCAGCCGCCAUGGUAAACCUUUCAUCAUGCAUUGUCACCACCGCCAGCCUUGAACCACACAGUACUAUUGGAUGAAAAGAACCAAAUCCUAACAACAAACGUAUGGUUGAAUAUGGAUGAGAAGAAUCAGCUCCUAAUAACAAACACAUGGUUAAAAUUGGAGUGGAAAGACGUCAACCUACAGUGGAAUGAAACGGAUUAUGGCGGAGUCAAGGACCUUAGAAUUCCACCUUAUAAAAUAUGGAAACCGGAUGUAUUGAUGUACAACAGCGCUGAUGAGGGUUUCGACGGCACCUAUCAGACCAAGGUGGUGGUCUCAUCCAACGGGAACUGCCUCUACAUCCCACCAGGAAUAUUUAAAUCGACUUGUAAAAUAGAUAUUACCUGGUUCCCCUUCGAUGAUCAGCGGUGCAAGAUGAAGUUUGGGUCCUGGACGUACUCAGGAUGGCAGCUCGAUCUCCAGCUACAGUCUGAGGACGGUGGCGACCUCAGCGAUUUCAUCAAGAACGGGGAAUGGGACCUUAUUGGUUGCCCUGGGAAAAGAAACGCCAUUUACUACAAAUGUUGCCCCGAACCGUAUGUAGACGUUACAUUCGAAAUUGUCAUACGGAGGCGCACACUAUAUUAUUUCUGCAACCUUAUUCUGCCUUGUGUGCUGAUAGCGUCAAUGGCUGUGCUGGGGUUCACGCUGCCCCCAGACUGUGGCGAGAAGCUCUCCCUAGAAAUAACAAUUCUACUGUCGUUAACCCUAUUCUUGAACAUGGUGUCAGCCACCACACCCGCCACGUCCGAAUCGGUUCCUCUAAUAGGCACAUACUUUAACUGCAUCAUGUUCAUGGUGGCCUCGAGUGUGGUGAGCACGGUGCUCAUACUCAACUAUCACCAUCGGUCGGCGGAAACGCACGAGAUGUCGCCUUUGGUGAAAAGCCUCUUCCUACAGUGGUUACCGUGGGUGCUGCGGCUGCAUCGACCGGGGGAGAAGAUCACCCGUAAGACAAUAAUGAUGAGCAACAAGAUGAGAGAGCUGGAGCUGAAGGUACGGCAAGAAUUAACGGCCCCUCUGUUUACAAUUCGCCUCUCACUGGAACUUCCGUUUGGACAGUGCCCCUUGGAGGAGAGAUCGUCGAAAUCGCUUUUGGCCAAUGUGCUGGACAUCGAUGACGACUUCCGUGCCCAUACUCUGCCUCACACCCACACCACCAAUACCAACAACACGGCUGGGUAUAUCAGAGUGCCUCACGGUGGGCAUUCGGUGGAUGACUCUCACCUGGUACACACCUGUAUGUCCUCGUGUACCAGGGAGCUUAACUUAAUCCUCAAAGAGAUCCGUGUUAUUACCGACAAGAUGAGGAAAGACGACGAGGAUGGGGAGGUGGCGAACGACUGGAAGUUCGCGGCGAUGGUGGUCGACCGUUUGUGUCUCAUCAUCUUCACAUUCUUCACCAUCACUGCCACCGUCGCUGUGCUCUUAUCGGCUCCGCACAUUAUAGUUCCCUAAUAAUUAGCCAGCCGGAUGAAGGAUAAGUUGGAUACGGUGGCGCGUGUGGUACGCCUUUCCUUGAGGUGUACCUUAAGCGCUGCUAUUCCAACUGGGCUGUGUGGAGUAACGUCUCCAUACAGUUCCAUCAUCUGGCUCUCGGUGUCUCUGUCUACAGUGCUUCAGCGCCUGUGGGUUGGUCUCUGUAAAGAGGUCAGCUCCAGGAAGCGAGGCGUGGACAUCCCCUUCCUCGUUCUAGUCACGAUGCUUCCAUAAGUGCCAAAGGGGCCGGCACGUUCCCUGGCUCACGGCGACAGUGUGUCACACCUUCGCUCAAGCCCACGCCCUCGUGAGACUGCCAUGGUCCUCCCACACGCCCACACCGGCCUCACAUGGCACUAAACGCUCGCCUUAGCAUCCACCCUCCCCCUCUCGCUGGCACACACUCACGCCCUGCCCUGCCUUCCCCUAUGAUCUUGCUGGGGGUGUAGCUAGGACUACCAUGACCCACCGGCGGGACUGUGAAGCUUGGGCAACCAGCAGCUAAAGGGGCGCCGGCACGAAGAUAGAAAAAAAGUGGAAGUGUGUGUGGAGAGGGAGCGGGAAGUGAGGUGGGCGGCAGGAGGCAGUGUGUGGAGGGUCGCGGUGGUACAACAGUGUAUGUAGGGUCGGCGGCAGUGCAGGGUUCUCUCCAGCCAUCGCCGUCUCCCGGAAAAGGGCUCCUCAGUGUACUACUUUCGCCACAUGAAUUAUACGCCAAAAAAAAAAUGUGCGCAGAUCUGUACGCCGAGUACACACGUUUGCUCCCUUGCUCAUGCGUCAGUAUUAUGUGAUUCUGAGAUUAUUGUAAGCAUCAAAUAAUUAAUUACAUACUUCUUUAAAAUAACGUUUAAGCGUUAUCUUCCUUUCUCUUAAGCUGUUGAAGCAAGUUGAGUCUCCAUGCAAUAAUCUAUACUUGCCUGGGAGCUGGCAGCGCGGCCCGGUCCCUCCCUCACCCCCACCCAUCCCCCAACCCCUCCAGCCUCACCACUACCCAGCCCUCACACCGUCACAGCCCUUUUUCCCAGGCUUUUCCACAGAUCUCUCUCACAGCUCUGGCCUCCAGUCUUCCUCCUCACUGCCAAUCCCUUCCUACUCUCAGACCUAUCCUAAAUCCUAGUCACCACUAUCCUCUUCCUUCUCCUCCUCACCUUACAAGUCUUCAUUCCAUCCUUAACCCAAUCCUCACCCACCCCUCAACCUCUCCACCCAGCCUCAACCCUCCCCCACGCGUCACGCUACAAGCUCCUCGGCAAACACUUUCUGUUUCAAAGGCAGAAUGUAGGUUUGUUCUCCCAUUCUCGUGUUGAUGUACAUAAGCGUCUUUUUUGUAUUAUUUAUCGACCUUAGGAUGGUUAACCGAGUGGCUCAUUUUAUCUCCAUUUACGAAAGAACAAAUGACUCGCCAUACAUAUAUAUAUACAUAUAUUAAAUAAACUCUGACGAACUUAAGCAGCAAAACCAAAAAUAAGGAUUAGAGACUCAUAACAAAGCUAGAGGAUUAAUAUUUAACCAGAGUGUUUUAAGAAGCUGUUAUUAAACCUGAAAACAAAACAAAUGUGGAUGUCAUAUCAUAUCAUAUUUUUUUGUUUACCCAUUUUCUAUGACCACCUAGUGACAAUAAACUUAACUAAUCCUCCCUCCCUCCCCAUACCAAAGACAAUAAUACUAUUAAUAAUAAUAAUCUAUAAAAAAAAAUAUUAAUCAUAUAAACAGCGCAUCCAAAGUAAAAAAUAUCUAGAGUGGACUCGUAUACUACUGAAAACCUCUGCGCAAUACAUAGUUUUAAAAAAUUCUCUUCACAAUCAUAGGUUUACAAAUGGUAGAGAAAUUCUUGGUGAUCCCCAACUCCUUCAGGCUCAGUGACGAAAAACACAACAGAGAGAAAGAAUCGAUUUAAAAAUGGACACUUUCACGCCCAAAAGUUCGGGGCAACUCAAGUGAGAAAGUGAUGGCUACUUUCACACCGGAAAACAAAAAAAAAAGGUUCUCGAGGCAUCUUAAGUGAUAAAGCAAAGGAGGGUUUUGAAAUGUUUCUCCCCCACCACACAAAUUACCUCCAUGAAAAUCAUCUUUCCGCUUGAGAGAAGAGAAGGAGUUGAAGGCCACUGUAGUGAUCAAUUUCCUAGCAGUUACGACCCACCGGCUGCCUAUCUCCGCCCGGAGGCCUUCGUGAGGUACGGUGCCGAGGAACUAACCAUCCCCACCAGCAGCAGCAGAAGUAGAAGAAGAAGAAGAAGGAGGUGAGCCACAGUGAUGCCCCCUCCCCAACUGUGUGUGUUCUAUGAUAAACAAUCUUUACGUGUGAGGAUUACUGUCCUCAAUGUACAGCCUCGAGUAGACAAGGUGAAGGGGCUUGACCUUAGCAUCAUCAAAAAUAUCAAAGGUUUUUUAAAGAAUCUUUUAUCAUGUGUGUGUGUUAACGAGUUAGUGUGUGUGUGUGUGUGUGUGUGUGUGUAGACUGUGCAUGUGUGUGUGUGUGUGUCGGUGGUGGUGGUGGUGGCGACAACGGCAGCGCUGGUAAGCGAGUUUCAAAUAGGAAUCGUCAAAUUUUAUAAUGUUUCCCUUAUGUUUUUUUUUUUUUUUUUGCUCUUCUACGCCCCUAGACGAUUUGUUAAAGAGUGUGUUUGUGCGUUUGUGUAUGUCUGUGUAUAUCUGCUAGUUAAAAAUUGUUGUAAUUUUAGUACUAGUUUAAAAGACGGGGGAGAAAAAUAACAAACACUAUUAAAUAAUGAAAAAGACAUCAUUCAUUCUCUUUCCAAUUUAUUUAUUUUUUUCCUUCGGUGGAUUUUGAGAACUACUCCCGGGCGGAGUUUUGGAAAGGUUUCGAUAGGACGGCGGUGGAGAUUCACAAGGGCUGGGGUAAUGCAACUAAACAUACUAGCUUAGACUCCUUAUUAAAUGCCUUGUUUGGUCACCACGCGCAUCAAAAAACCCAAAAUAUAUUAUUAUUUAUUUAUGAAUUCAACGUAGAAGACUUUUGAACGCCCCACCUCCCCCCCCCCAUUCCGCCAAUUU